AUGCACGUCAAGAAGAAGGUAUGCAGCAGCAGGCUUCUUGUUCGAACGAAUACCGCCGCCGCCGCCCUCACUUCUCGUGCCUGCACGGCGCGGCGUUGGGCGGCUCAGCGAAGUUCAGGAGGCGUCGCGCGCACCGAAACCGGGGCGUCGAUGGAGGAGAGAUCUUUUAUUAUUCAAUGCUAUCGCGUCGCAGCCCCCAAAGCCCUGCUGUCGCCGCUGCCGCUGCGUUUCGUGUUUGAGGCAGUCAAAGCCUCCUCGGGCCAGCCCGUGAUUACCUAA